AUGAAAGACCGCGCGUUGGCUGAUGGGAGGGAUGAGCAGGGCCGGCUGGAGUUCUGGAACGACUACAAAUCGUCUAUGAAAGGCUGUCGGCUCUACNNNNAGGAGGAGCUUGGCGGGGCAGUCGCCGGUUCUGUCACUAUAGAGGCUAAUACUGUGGGGGACGGCAGAGGCAAGUACGACCCGAAAACUGAUACAUGGACGGCUGACAUCGGGAUAAAAGCGACUGUCGAAGGCGAUGUUUUCGGUCACGAUGCAAUCAACUUGCCUAUCUCUAAAGUCGUCACGGCUCAUAUCGGGCCCAACUACGACUUCGAGAUGGAGGCCCUUUUCGAAGAGACCACUGGGGAUUCAAAUAAUCAAGGCAUCUCGAUCGCCUUUGACCUCACGAUGAAUACCAAAAACCACGACCUUUUCACUUUGGAACUCAUCGGAGAAGGUCAGCUCCAUGUUUGGUUACAUCCACUCGUCAAUUGGAAACCCUCUAUCGAUGUUAUUCAUAAGGAGUUCAAGAUUAAGCUAUGA